AUGAAAGCAUUCAUAAAAGGGAAACACCCAUAAAUGGCUACUCAUAAAAGUGGGAACUUGCAAAAUUUUAGGCUCCAUAAGUGGAAAAAAGUUGAAACAGGUUUUGAGCCACUCUUCUUUAUAUGCCCAAUAAAAGAAAAUAUUUUCUAGAAAUAAAUCACUGACGGCGGCCUUGAACAGAUCUGGUGAGAAUAUCUGCUGGCUUAUGAUCGUUUGUUCUUCAAGAGGAUCAGGAUGCUUGCUGGGCCGCAGGAGGAUCUUUUUCUUCUGGCAGGAAAGGUAUCGGCUUGGUGGGAGCAGGCAGGCGGCCGAUGCUGUCCACCUUGUCUUGCUGCUUCGGCGGUGGCCGGGCGGCCUUGGGCAGCAGCCGCCCCUUCUUCUCAAACCACUCCGGCUUCAACAGCGCUCUCAGGCCCAGCUUGUUGUAGUACACCUUCCUCACCGACCCGCCAGCUGCCUCCACCGCCGCCUUUGCCCUCACCGUCACCCUUGACACCUGGAAGGUAGAGAAAAGUCGCAGAGAUGACUCCGAGUUCCCUCAUGUGGAAAAUUGAAAUAUCUGAAGAGAUUAGGAAAGAAAAGGAGGAGCUUUUUGAGCCUCAGUUCAUCCGGAGGCUGUCAGAAAGUUACCAACAGUGGAAAAAACAUGGCUUAGUAUUGGAGAGGUGGCAUAUACUUGCACAAUAUGUAUUGAGAAAAUGAAUCCAGAUGCUGAAGGAGAGAAUGGACAAUCUCUGUGAAAGGUGCUAGAGGCCAGUUCUUUAUGAGAGAGAAAAUAAUGGGGCUAUCAGUGAGUUGACCUGCUCCUGGUUAGUGAGCUGAGACAGAGGUUGUCUAGAGACUGAUCUGUGUUCAACGCAAUGGAUAUUCUGUGGUGGGUGGAGGGGCAUGAGAGAGAAUACUGAAUGCCCCAGAAAAGGAAGUGGGGCAGUUAGUAGAUUCACUAUCACACAAACCUCACAAGCUCUUGCCACCAAGUAAUAAAAACAACCAAGCGGAAACUAAAUGCGUGGUAGUUAUUAUCUCAUCUAGCACUCAGUUCUAGUGCAUCCAUUGGAUUCCUGUCCUCAACAUGAUUUCAUAACCGAUUCAUGCAUUGACAUCCAAAUAUUAUGUCAAAUGGGAAAUUAGCAACUAAGACGGGCAAGCUCCCAUAAUCACUGAUGCAUGACGAGAGAUUUGGCAUAGAUGGUUGACUCAUAAUCCGAAUUGGUGCUUGACUGAUUAAAGGAGACCAAUCAUGAAUGCCACAGGCAUUCGGCUGAUCUAUGGCAGGAAAACCUGA